GAGCCAAGUGGAGGCCGAGGCCGGCCAUCGGAGCCCAGAGAGAGAGCAGCUGCUACAAGUCUUGUUGAGUUGGUAAGUUGGGUAUAUCGAUCGAUCCCCUACGACACGACACCACGCAAUGUGCGGCGGAGCGAUCAUCGCCGACUUCGUGCCGCCCCCCGCCGGCGCCCGCUGCGCCGCCACCGACACCAUCCUCUCCGCUGCCGGUGACGACGAGCCGUUCGCGCCGAAGACGCCGGCGCCGGGGAGGAAGACGGCGUACCGCGGGAUCAGGCGGCGCCCGUGGGGCCGCUGGGCGGCGGAGAUCCGCGACCCGAGGAAGGGCGCGCGCGUCUGGCUCGGGACCUACGCCACCGCCGAGGAGGCCGCGCGCGCCUACGACGUCGCCGCGCGCGACAUCCGCGGCGCCAAGGCCAAGCUCAACUUCCCUCCCGCCAUCGGCGCCGCCGCUCCACCCAAGAAGCGCCGGAGAGACACCGCCUCCAACGCCGUGGUGGACCAGCGGGAGAGCUCCUGCUCCUCGUCGCUCCCGCCGCCGGCCGCGGAUCCGAGGCACCUCCGCGAGUGCAUGUCCGGGCUGGAGGCGUUCUUGGGCCUCGAGGAGGCGGACAAUGACGACGCCGAUGCCGGGGAGCCAUGGGACGCCGUCGACCUCAUGCUCGAGUAGGCUCGCCGUCGCCGGCGGAGACCAUUAAUUAGCCCCUGCACGUACUUCAGGUGGCCAUGCACGCUCAUGCAUACAAGUAUUUAGGUAAAUGAAAUAAAAAUGGGAUCAUUUAGGUGUUCUUGCAAUCCUUGGCUUUCGUACUUGGGCAAUGGCAUUAGACAUUGCAAUGCCAGGCGAUGCAUGUAAUCGUUAUAAUUUAAGCGUCUCCAAGAUCUAGUAUAUUAGCUUGUAUCGGUAGUAGAAAUACCUUGUGAUAGCUAUCUUGUAAUGAUUUCACACUUCAUGAUGAACAUGACUACAUGAGAGAUGCAUUUCAAC